UUGCACUCAACAGCUGCCAAAUGUUAAGAUAGUUUGUGACUGGAUUGUGUUUUGUUCCCACCUUCCCUGUUGAUUGAACAUUUAAGGUAUCUACAAGAUUUGAAGGUGUUUGAGGUUGGACAGAUACAUACUUUACUAAGAAUUUUUUUUUGUUCUAAUACCUUUACUUCAUACUAUAAAAAUAAAAGCCAAGAGAGAAGACCAUGGUGAAGCUGCCAGUUGUUUUUUUGUGCAUUGGAUAUGUUCUGUUAACUCUUGCAGAUGAUGGCGAUUUUGACUUAAAAGAUGCUCUUGACCCAAAUGAUAAGCCUUCUGAACCAACAAAAAAGCCACCAGGGGGUAACAAACCUCGACCUAACUUAUAUCCUGACCUUAGACCAUAUUCAGAUAAUCAUGGAAACGGUGGAAAUUCCUUUAAUAGUGGCGGUGGCGGCAGCAUUGGAACUGGUGGUUUUAAUGACUUAGAUCUCAAUGAUGGGAAACCUUUAGCUCCACGCCCAGCAGGUGAGAAAGAGCAAACUUCAGGUCAAGGUGGAAAUAUGGUUGAUUCUGCUACGACAGCUCAGAUUACAUCUCCUGUUGUUGCUGUAGCUGUGCUGCUGACUGUUGGCGCCAUAGCUGGCUAUACUUCUUAUAAGCAGAAAAGAUACUGUUUUAAACCAAGAGGUGAUGCAGUUGCAUAAACUAUUCAAAAAUGAUCUAAGAAAUAUUGAGUUCCACAAGAUCAUCGACAAAUGAAGGAAUUGCAUACUGUAUUACCUAUGAUGCUGUUGCUAAGAUUUUAUGUAAUGAGGCAUUUUGUUUUUGUGAAUAAAAACUAAAGCACACAAUUUUCAAAAUGAGAUUGAUUAAUGAUACUGUAUACACUGCUCUACAUUGUAUGAAUAGUAAAAAAUACACUGUAUGGGUUUUUUUCCCCCAGUUCAUACAGGGUUAGAAACAUUUUAAGUUCUGUUUAUGUAAGAUAACUGGAUCCAAACAAUCAGAAUUUCAAUUUCACUCUUGGUAUACAGCCAUUGGUUUAUAGCUAAAGCUCUUUAUGUACCCUUUUUCAGAUCUUCAAGAUUACUUAAAAAUCUAUGGGGCGUUAGAUGCACUGAAAUGUGGAAAGAUGCAUACCAUGUCCUCUCUCUAGUUUAGUUAUACUGCAUCAGUGUUCAGAGAAAUAUUGUACUUCUCUAACUUUAUAAAUUAAAUUUCAUUGAAAAAAACAUGUUGGUUAUCUUCCUACAUUAGCUACUUGAAACCACCAACGAAGUCAGGCUUAUGCACCAAGAUGUCUUUUAGCAUUUAAACUUGAGUGCUAUAUGCUAUGUUGUUUAAAUGUCAAGGGAUAGUUCACCUAUUUUGGAGUGUGACUAGCUGAAAUGUUAAUUUGGUGAUACAAUACCAGGUGCUGAGAAAUAAACAUAGAUUGUGGUCAUCUUCAUGAAGUUCCAAACAAGGGUUAUUAUAUUUAAAGGAGAUGGUCAGGAAAGAGAGAGGUCAGAAAUACAAUGGAAUAUGUGUAUGGUUUUUCCUCCUUAAUUUAGGGCAGUGGUUCUCAACCUUCCUAAUGCUGCGACCCUUUAAUACAGUUCCUCAUGUUGUGGUGACCCCCAACCAUAAAAUUAUUCCUAAAACCAUUGAAAAUAUGUGUUUUCCGAUGGUCUUAGGUGACCCCUGUGAAAGGGUCAUUCGACCCCCAAAAGGGUCGCGACCCACAGGUUGAGAACCACUGAUUUAGGGGAUUUUCCCCCUUCUUUCUUUAGUUCUAAUAUAUAAUAUAUUGCCAUGUAUAUUAAUUUUCUGCUGAUAAAUUCUUGUAAAUCUAUGUAAAAGUAAAGUUUUCUUCAAGUUAAAUUUGACUCCCAGAUUUAAGUUUGAAACAGAACUAUGUCCUAAUGAGGAACAUGUUCUUACUAAAAUGUAUAAACCUUUGUUGAAAUAUGAGCCAGAAAUACAAAUGAAAUAAUGUAUGAUAAAAUGGCUAAAUAUUUUGGUUCCAAUAUACAAUUGGAUCAGUGGGAAAAUAUGUAGUUAGAAGGAUUGAAAUUUAUAUUAUAAUUCUAAUCUUGAAGAUAAUUUUUUACAAAAUUGUAUUUAUUUAUUUAUUACAUUUUUUACACACUGCCCAUCUCAUGUAAAUGACUCUAAGUGACCAAUGAUGUAUAAUUGGUUUCUGUUACCUAAAAAGUUGUCCAGAAUGUAUAAAGGUAUCUUGAAUCUUU